CCCGGUUUAAAAAACUUUGGAUAAGUAAGAGAAUUGAAAAUUCUACUUUUAUGAUAGAUAAUCAUGUUGUUUGCACUCAAGAAGAAAAUACAAAUCAGGAGCUAAUAGAUACUAACUUUAAAUUUGACGCAUGAGCGACAUUUAGUUCCACGCUGCGACUACUUGAGCAUAGAUGUCGACACCAUCUCGAAAGCACGAUCAAGCACGAUCAGCUGUUCUAUCCGGAAAUUCUAGUGUACAGGUCAGUGAUUCGAAUGAUUCUGACCAAGGAACGUACGUCUAAACGCUGACAGCGGCGGUAAAUUGUAAUAAUUAAUCCGAUCAUCGAAGUUCAAGUCCUCUGUAGAAAUGCAAAGAGAAGAAAAACAGUUGGACUCUGCUCUGGAGGCGAUCAUUCUGCGAGUAAGUGAUCUAAAAUCUGCAAUCGCUGGAAUGCUUUACAAACUGGAGCACGAAUAUGAGACGCUGAACUGGCCAAAUUUUCUCGAUAACUUCGCUAUUAUUUCGGGUCAUCUGACGAGUCUUUCGAAAAUUCUUGGCCACGAUAAGGCACCAAAUAUGAGAAAUUUCACGAUAUUGCCACUCCUCUUGAGUCCGGAAAAGGAUGAGGAUCUGCUCCGAAUGACAGAAGGUAGAAUAUCAACAUUCGCCCACGAUUUGGUACCAGACUAUUUGAGAACAAAACCGGAGCCGAUGGCUGAACAGAAGAUGAAUCACCUAGAGCUCAAGGCUUCCAAUCUCACUUUCGAAGCAUCACAGGAUUCCAAUAAACAAGUAGCACAGUACAACAAGGUGGUUAGUCAUGUAUGGGACAUCGCAUACAAGGCCCGAGAAGAAUGGGAGGGCGAAGCUGGUGCCAGAGCUGCCCAGGUACAAACUAGCAGUUCCGCAGAUACUCACACCUUAGUUGCUGCAAUUGGCAUGGGUAAAGGCCUUAAGUCUGAUUCUGGACCGAUGGCUCAGUCCAGAGUGAGUCCAGGACCACCGGGUAUAAUGGCUGGGAGAUCUGGUGGCCAGGCACAAGCUGCUGGGCAAGGACAAAUAGGAGUGGGCCAAAUGGGAAAAGCUCCAAGCGCAAUCAAGACCAACAUUAAAGCAGCUUCACAGAUUCAUCCAUAUGGACGCUAGAGGUUUAGUCGGGAGAUUUUUGUACGCUUUUCUCAAUUGAAUGCCACAUAUAUGAGGAAGACUAUGAAAUCCACUAUUGCAUAGUGUUUUUGGUGAAAAUAUCCUUGUUUCCUACUAUAAAAGUUUUAUCCGUUGACUCAAAGAUUGAGGAUAGAGUGAAGAUGUGAAUUGUCUUGAAGCUGAUAUUUCG